AAAGAAUUAACAUUACCAUUCACAACACAUACACGUGCAAACUCUCACAAACAAUGGAGUUUUAUGAUGGAGAUUUCAUGGAAGAACUAAUGGCUCUAAGAAGAGAAACUCCAACUCAAGAAGAAAACCAAUUCUUCUCAUCAUCAAGUAACAACAACAACAACUUGAGUUUCGAAAACUGUUUCGAUCAAAACUCUUUAUGCUAUCAACAAAACUCUCAACAUUUUCCUCAAAGCUGCAUCAACAAUGAUUACUACAGUAACAGUUUCAAUGAAAUCUAUGAUUCAUUGCUUCAAGAAUCUUCAACACCUCAGAUUCUUGAUUCGUAUUAUAAUAAUAAUACACUCGACGCGCCGUUUGUUUCUCAAGAAGAUUUUCCACUGUCCAUGAUUGGAGAAGAAGAAGAUCAAUGUUUGCUUGGCGAAGAGAUUAAGAAUUUGGAGCUACAAACAACGUGUAAAAUGGAGGAAACUCAAUCACCUGAAAUGCCGGUAGUUUUCAACACUGGAAACAGUUUGGAGAGAAAGAAUCGGUCGAAGAAGCUUCAAGGACAACCCUCGAAGAAUUUAAUGGCGGAAAGGAGACGACGGAAGAGAUUAAACGAUCGUCUAUCGAUGCUCCGAGCAAUUGUCCCUAAGAUAAGCAAGAUGGAUCGAACGGCUAUACUCGGAGAUACUAUUGAUUACAUGAAAGAGCUUUUAGAGAAAAUCAACAAUCUACAACAAGAAAUUGAACUAGAUUCAAACAUGUCAAGCAUUGUCAAAGAUGUAAAGCCAAAUGAAAUCUUAAUCAGAAACUCUCCAAAGUUUGAGGUGGAGAGAGGCCUAGACACAAGGGUUGAAAUUUGUUGUGCAGGGAAACCAGGGCUAUUGCAAUCCACAGUGAACACAUUGGAAGCAUUAGGUCUUGAGAUUCAACAAUGUGUUAUAAGUUGCUUCAAUGAGUUCUCAAUGCAAGCUUCUUGCUCAGAGGAAUUUGAGCGAAGGACAAUGUUGAGUUCUGAAGAUAUUAAGCAAGCUUUAUUUAGAAGUGCAGGGUAUGGAGGAAGAUGUUUGUGAGAAUAUAUAAUAAAGUUAAAUCGAGGUCUCGAAUUCAAAUUUUCAGCGGUAGAAGUUUUAUGCGGUUACACGCAAGUAAUGAAUCACAAUCAUUAAUUUUAGAGAGACGAAUCAUUUUACAUAAUUCGUAUCUUAGUUUAAGAGAUCUGUAAUUGCAUCGCAGAGUUACAUUAUAGAAUUUUUAGGCUAGUUUUUUCUUAGAUAGUAUUGAUUCAAAUGAGAUAUCCAUUAUAAUGUUUUCUUCAUGAGAAAGAAGGUAUAAUAUUUUUAAUAUUGCUUGAAAUGAAAGACAUCUAUUUAUGGUUGAUUGGAUUUAUUCUCUCAAAUAUCUAACUAUCGAGAAAUAAAGAAUAU